AUGGCUUCAGGUCCCGCAACAAUUGGAGAAUUUUCCAUACUCCCAGUAUCGAUUGCACCAUUACCAUCAUUCCCCAAAAAUGUCGUCCACUACCUCUACGUACGGCGCAACGCGCCCAAAAUUCCGACCGUGGCCGAUGCUCGCAGCCUCUUCCUGACCAACGUGCCCGUUGAUAGCACCGAAGCCCACCUCCGCGCCCUCUUCGCCUCACUAGUCGGCGCGGGCCGGUUCGAGAGCGCCACCUUCGAAGAUGAGCGCAAAGAUGCGCAUUCGCUAGCCCAAUCCCCAAUCGACGCUGCGCAGCCCGCUCAUGCCGCCCGUUUAUUACAGGCCCACGGCAAGAAGCGCAAGCGGGAGGACGAGGAGGCCGAGCGAGCGCAGAAGAGCCGCGGCACGUCUGCCGAGCACAUGGACUCGGCCAUUGCGGAGGAGCGGGGCGGUAGGGCCGCGCCGGCGAGUCGGAACGAGGCAGAGGAGGCCAAGCGCAAGAUGCUGGAGAGGCAGGACAAGAAGAAGGAGGAGCUUACAAACUUCUACCGGUUCCAGCUGCGGGAGCGGAAGAAGGAGGAGCAAGCCGAGCUGCUCAAGAAGUUCGAAGACGACCGGAGAAAGCUGGAGGCCAUGCGGGUGAAGAGGGGCAAGUUUGUCCCCGAAGCGUGA